GUCGCCGCCGCCGCCGCUCCUCUCCCGGGCGUCGCGGCCGCUGCUGCCUGUGCUGCGGACUGUAUGAGGAGGAGGAGGAGGAGGAGGAUGUGAAGAUGGCGGAGCUGCAGAUGCUGCUGGAGGAGGAAAUCCCGGGGGGCCGCCGGGCCCUGUUCGAUAGCUACACGAAUCUGGAGCGGGUGGCCGACUACUGCGAGAACAACUACAUCCAGUCAUCAGAUAAGCAGCGAGCCCUAGAAGAAACCAAAGCCUACACAACCCAAUCCUUAGCAAGUGUUGCAUAUCUGAUAAACACCUUGGCCAACAAUGUCCUACAGAUGCUGGAUAUCCAGGCAUCCCAAUUACGGAGGAUGGAAUCUUCAAUCAAUCAUAUUUCACAAACAGUUGAUAUUCAUAAAGAGAAAGUUGCAAGAAGAGAAAUUGGUAUUUUGACUACCAAUAAAAAUACUUCAAGAACCCAUAAGAUUAUUGCACCAACUAACCUUGAGCGACCAGUUCGUUAUAUUCGAAAACCUAUUGACUAUACAAUUCUAGAUGACAUUGGACAUGGGGUAAAGGUGAGCACACAGAACAUGAAGAUGGGUGGCCUGCCACGUACAACACCUCCAACUCAGAAGCCCCCAAGUCCCCCUGUGUCAGGAAAAGGGACACUUGGGCGGCACUCCCCCUAUCGCACACUGGAGCCAGUGCGUCCUCCAGUGGUACCCAAUGAUUACGUACCUAGCCCAACCCGUAAUAUGGCUCCCUCGCAGCAGAGCCCUGUGAGGACAGCUUCUGUGAAUCAAAGAAAUCGAACUUACAGCAGCAGUGGGAGCAGUGGAGGAAGCCACCCAAGUAGUCGGAGCAGCAGUCGGGAGAACAGUGGAAGCGGGAGUGUGGGGGUCCCUAUCGCUGUUCCCACUCCCUCUCCUCCCAGCGUCUUUCCAGGUCAUCCUGUUCAGUUCUACAGCAUGAAUAGGCCUGCCUCUCGCCAUACGCCACCAACAAUCGGGGGCUCAUUGCCCUAUAGACGGCCUCCUUCUAUAACUUCACAGGCAAGCCUUCAGAGUCAGAUGAAUGGAGGGCCUUUUUAUAACCAGAAUCCAGUAUCUCUUGCUCCUCCUCCUCCUUCCAUCCUACAGGUAACUCCUCAGUUACCUUUAAUGGGAUUUGUGGCCAGAGUCCAAGAAAAUAUUUCAGAUACACCACCCCCACCACCCCCUGUGGACGAGCCGGUCUUUGAUGAGUCCCCCCCUCCACCGCCACCUCCAGAAGAUUAUGAGGAGGAGGAAGCCGCUGUGGUUGAGUACAGUGAUCCUUAUGCUGAAGAGGACCCACCGUGGGCUCCAAGGUCUUACUUGGAAAAGGUUGUGGCAAUUUAUGAUUAUACAAAAGACAAGGAAGAUGAGCUGUCCUUUCAGGAAGGAGCCAUUAUUUAUGUCAUCAAGAAGAAUGACGAUGUAUUAAAAACAAAAAAAAUCAAAUUUGAGUCUGAACAAAUGGAUCUUCUUGCUGUUAUUUGUACGACACUGUCUGGAUUGAAAAUGUGACCAUUUUUCAUUCUGUAGAAGGCCUAACAACAUGAACAUAUAGCUAAAACAAAUCAGACCAAGACUGGCUUGGGAAAAGUUUGGGAUCUUUCUCAGGAACACUGUACACCCUUGGAUUUCUCUUCCUGCAGAAUCUGUGACAUUGGAUAUUCAUUGCCUCUGCCUUGGGGUUAGUCUCAUGGCCCAGUGGACACCCUUGCCCCUUACUUUCUUUCAUGUGAAGAGGAAGGAAUUAGUGUUUAAAUACCAUAUUUAACUACUUUUUGAUUGUUUCAAAGGCUGUUUUUUAACACUGUAAAUCCUGUGUUCUCUUAGCACUGGAGUGUGCUAGGUGAGUUAACACUGAACUCCCUUGCAUCCUGUCCUGUUUGUAGAUUAUAAGGAUGACAAAAUGUGAGUCUCCAAACAUUCCCACACUCCCAAACAGUCACCACAGCUUGAUUUUAAUGUACUGUUGCAUGAGGCUGCAUUGCUGAUAACAGCCGGUGAACCCGACCUGAAAUGUGAUCGACACUUGUACUGAGGUGGAUGUGUGAAACGCUUUGGAGGGAAGUGCUCCUUGAGGAAGGACUUAGGUCAGGAAGUCAGACCAGUUAUUCCUGCCCUUUUGAUGUUUAAAAACAUUGGUU